AUGGACCGGAAAUAUCAGAGGGUUGAAAAGGGGGUGGGCGCGUUCCAUCAUCCACCAAGAGCAAAGUACAGCGAAGAGACGAGAAAUCUGAUUAAACUUUUAAUGGAGGAGUCUAAAGUGAGCAUGAUGAAGAGAAAAUCAAUUCAAGAAGCGCUCGACAGGGGUGAUUCCUUACCGCUUCCCACGGAUAAAUCAAAACAGAAUGCGAAUAAACGUAACACGGAGUAUCGGGUCACGAUGCCUUCUAUUUGGAAGAAACGAACUCAGGAUGUCAUCAUUCAAAGUGGCGCAUACGAGAGAGAACAAUAUAGAAGGACAUCCCCUCUUCGAAAUAAAGAAAAGCAAAAGCGUCAUUUGGCAUGUAUCAUGGCAUACGGGAAAGAUAUGCCAGAAACUCCUCAUGGACCAAAAGUUCUUCACAAACCGAGACGAGAGCGACGUUCGUCAGACGAUGUAAAUCCUAUCGAUGAGUUGGUACGAGGGAUUCAGGAGAGAAUGGAAUUUUUAAGCGACAUGGAGAGCCUUGGAAUGGGAAAAAAAUAUCGUCCUAUGAUACAACAAGAAAUAGCACAAAAAUUGCGUUUAAUCGAAUCGGUGGACAAGGAAAAAUCCAAAGAAAUUAGGAAGGAGAUAAGGGAACUUGAGAAACCAUUACCGAAACCAUUUCCAUUAGGACAAUUGGAUGAUAAUUAAUAAUUUUUGUAUUUACCACUCUUUUGUAUCUAAGUAAUUUAUAUUUUUGUAUUGUAUUUACCGAAUACGCUGCAUAUACAUGUAAUACAAAACGCUAGAGAUUUGAAUUUGUCGCGUUUAAAUC